AUGGCCAUUCCUAUUACUAUCUUGGACUGUGACCUACUGCUGUAUGGUCGGGGACACCGCACACUUGACCGAUUUCGGCUGGAUGAUGUCACCGAUGAAUACUUGCUUUCUACUUAUGGUUUCCCGCGUCCUUUUAUCGACUACUUGGUUGAGCUUUUGGGUGGAAGCCUGUCCAGACCAACGCAGCGCUCCAGAGCGAUCAGCCCAGAGACCCAGAUUAUGGCCGCUCUUGGGUUUUACACCUCGGGGUCAUUUCAGACACGCAUGGGAGACACAAUAGGCAUCAGCCAAGCUUCCAUGAGUCGCUGUGUCACAAACGUAACCGAAGCCCUGGUGGAGAGAGCCCCACAGUUCAUUAGCUUUCCUCAUGAGGAAGCUCCAGUGCAGAAGCUAAAGGAUGACUUCUAUAACUUGGCUGGGGUUCCUGGGGUACUGGGAGUUGUGGACUGUAUGCAGGUGACUAUCAAAGCCCCUAAUGCAGAGGACCUGUCAUAUGUCAACAGGAGGGGUAUGCAUUCGUUGAACUGUCUUCUAGUCUGUGAUGCUCAAGGGGUUCUACUCUGGGCUGAAACACAACGACCGGGCAGCUCACAGGACAAUAUUGUCCUUCAUCAGUCUGAACUCUCCUGUUUGUUUGAGACAAAAAUGCACAAGGAGGGCUGGAUGUUGGCGGACAGUGGAUUUCUUCUCCGGCCUUGGCUGAUGACACCAGUGCAGAUUCCUGAGAGUCCCCAAGAAUACCGUUACAAUAUGGCCCAUACUGCUACUCACAGUGUCAUAGAGCGCACCCAGAGAGCUCUUCGGCACCGCUUUCGUUGUCUGGAUGGUUCCCGGGCUACUCUGCAGUACUCUCCUGAAAAGUCAUCUCAGAUUGUUUUGGCUUGUUGCAUAUUACACAACAUUGCACUGCAGCAUGGCCUGGACAUUUGGUGUGAGGCUGGCUGUACUGCUCUGGAGGCCGAAGAGGACUGCAACAAUAUGGAAGCGGUAGAGACAGAAGCUUAUCGCAUGAGGCAGGAACUUGUCCUCACACAUUUCAGCUAA